UCUUUCCCUCAAUAUUCUUUACACGUCAAACCCAAUUUUAAUCUAACUUCGAGAGAACUCACUCAAAAAAAAAAAAAUGUAUGAAAAGUUCAUAGUCUUAUCAGCAUUCUUCUUAACGUUUCUCCCUUCUUGUUUCAGCAGCUAUCCAUUCAAUCAUAGAGAUGCUGAUCCUUUCAUGUCUUCCCAUGUUUAUUACGAAACCAGUCAUCUACAUGGUCACAUUACUCGCAGCAGUCAUACGAAAAAUCGCCAUGGUAAUUAUGCUCCUAGAUCUUCUCCUCAAGCUUUUAACGUCAACUCUUUUGGUGCUAAAGCCAAUGGAAACGACGAUUCUCAGGCGUUCAUGAAAGCUUGGCAAUCAGCUUGUUCGUCGACCGGAAUAGUUUACAUCGUGGUUCCGAAUAAUAGAAAAUACAUGCUUAAACCGGUCCAAUUCUCUGGUCCAUGUAAAUCAUCCUUGAUUGUUUUUAAGAUCUACGGAAUGAUUGAGGCAUGGGAAAAUCCAUCAGACUACAAGGUACGUAGGCACUGGAUUGUGUUUGAAAAUGUGGAUAACCUUCGUGUUGAAGGAGGUGGCCGCAUCGACGGUAAUGGACAUAUUUGGUGGCCAAAAUCUUGCAAAAUCAACCCUAAACUUCCGUGCCUGGGAGCUCCAACGGCGGUUACGUUUGUGGAGUGUAACAACUUGAAAGUAAGUAACAUUAGGUUGGAAAACGCACAGCAAAUGCAUUUGACGUUUCAAGACUGCCAAAACGUGAAGGCUUUGCAUCUUAUGGUCACAUCUCCGGGCGAUAGUCCUAACACCGAUGGCAUUCACGUUAGCGGAACUCGCAAUAUCUUAAUUCAAGACUCUAUCAUCCGUACUGGUGAUGAUUGUAUUUCGAUAGUGAGUGGGUCAGAGAAUGUGAGAGCGACAGGCAUUACAUGCGGGCCGGGUCAUGGAAUCAGCAUUGGAAGUUUGGGAGAAGGUAACUCAAAAGCAUAUGUUUCAAAUGUGGUAGUCAACAAAGCGACUCUUAUAGGAACCACUAAUGGUGUGAGAAUCAAGACUUGGCAGGGAGGACGUGGAAUGGCAAAGAACAUCAUAUUCCAAGAUAUCAUAAUGAAAAAUGUUACAAACCCAAUAAUCAUCAACCAGGACUACUGCGAUCGUGUUGAAUCAUGCCCCGAACAGAAAUCGGCCGUGCAAGUGAGCAAUGUGUUGUACAAAAACAUACAAGGGACGAGCUCAAGACCGGUAGCUGUGAACUUUGCGUGCAGCAAGAGCAUCCCAUGUCGAGGAAUUUCAAUGCAAAACGUUAAAUUGGUCGACCAAACCCAACAAGAUGUCUCCAAAGCUUCUUGCUCCAAUGUGAGGUUGAACACCCUAGGAAACGUUUCUCCUCUUUGCAAAUGAUCCCCAAGAAAAAACUUAGUAUUCACGGAUCGAUAUCAGUCUAUUUCUAUAUGUACUCGAAAUUUGGUCUUGAUUUUUGUAUAUAUAGAGUAUUGAAUAUUGAUAUGGUCCAUGUUUGAAGUAGGUUUUUAUGGAGAUAAUUUAAUAAAGUGGGAUUGUAAGGUUAUAAACUUAGGGGAUUUGAUCUCUGUUAGAAGUGAAACAAAUGUGACUGGUUUCUGAAUA